CACUCAUCCCACGCGCUGCUUGUUAGAGAAGCGGAUCGUCGGGGUACCUGAGAAAUUGGUCUGUGCUGGACUUCCUUCAGGUUUCAGACCGACUGGCGGCUCAGUUCGGCUCAGUUCGUCUCGGUUCGGCUCAGUUCGUCUCGGUUCGGCUCAGUUCGUCUCGGUUCGGACUACACGGAGAAGUUUCGCCGCCUGGGUUCGGCGCAGUUCGUGGACAUGGAGUCGGUCAGUAAAUGGAGUCCGGAUCAGGUGAUGAACUGGAUCAGAGGAAUUCUGCAGACAGAUUCUUCAUCAACCUGCUGCAGUGGAAGAAGAGCUCAGGACGUCUUUCUGGACCCUCAUGGUGGUUUGAAGGGCUGGACGACAGCCUUCAGCAGUACAUCCCAUCCUUCCAGCAGCAGCAGGUAGAUGGUGAAAAGCUGCUCAGGUUGUCCCACCAGGAGCUGCUCGCUCUGGGCGUGGUUCGGGUAGGACACCAGGAGCUGGUUCUGGAGGCCGUGGAUCUGCUUUGUGCUCUGAACUAUGGCGUGGAGUCGGACCAGCUGAAGACUCUGGUGGGGAAGAUGCGAACGGCUCACCACAACCUGAGCGGCGCCGUGUCACAGCGCCGGAAGAACCCCGCCUACCAGAACAAAAACUCCCAUCAGCCCUCCAACCACUUCCUGACAGCCAUAAUGGAGCUAAUUGGAGCGGCCAAGAGCCUGCUGGCCUGGCUGGACAGGACUCCUCUCACCACCGCCAGCGACUUCACGUCCACCAAAGGCAGAAUAAUCCAGCUGUGUUUGGAGCUCACCUCCACCGUCCAGAAGGACUGCACUGUCUAUGAGAUGGAAGAGAAGAUUUUGGAGGUGGCUCAGGCUCUGAACGGGAUCUGUGAGAAGACUCUCCAAACGACCGCUGACCCCUCCACGAAAGAGCUGUCCUGUCUGGAGGAGGUUCACAUCACCAGCAUCAAGCCUGGGGAGGGACUGGGAAUUUACAUCAAAUCCACAUACGAUGGUCUUCACGUCAUCACCGGGACAACGGAGAACUCUCCUGCAGAUAAGACUCAUAGGAUUCACGCCGGAGAUGAAGUCGUUCAGGUCAACAAACAAACCGUGGUGGGUUGGCAGCUGAAGCACCUGGUGGAGAAGCUGAGGGUGGAGUCUGGAAGUGUUGUAUUGAUGUUGAAGAAAAGACCAUCUGGAACAUCCGGUGGAUUCGCACCUGCUCCGCUGAAAAACCUGCGCUGGAGACCGCCACUAGUCCAGAUGUCUCAGGGAGCUCCAGGUCCCUCCAGGUCUCCAUGUCCAGAAUCCACCAACGCUCUGGGGACAAAGGGAAAGGCCUCUGUCCUGGAUCUGUACAUCCCUCCUCCUCCUGCUGCUCCUUAUAUACCAGUCGACGGGAAAGUCAACAUGUCUCCAGGUGUUAAAAUUUGUCCCAAGUCUCCCGACUUGUCUCAGGAUGUAGACUCAUGCCGACACCUCACUGUUGCUGAGGACAACAGGAAGUCCUCAGGUGUCCUGCCUGAGAUCAAUCAGCUGAUGCCGGUCCGCCUCAGACUGCGGUCUUCUGCACAUGGUAAACCUCGACCCGUCUCCAUGCCUGUGGAACCGGUUCUGGCUGGAUCUGACUCCUUCAGGCCUGGAGCUCAUGGAAUGAAAGGGAAGGACCUCCUGCGUCGGUACCUGAGUAACGAGCGGAUCAGCACCAUCACAGAGGAGGAGCCAUGUUUCCCUCUGCCGUACAGAGGACACCCGUUGGUCCGCGGGGUGGACCACAUCAGGGGCAGCCAGUGCUUCAUCAGUGCCGACCUGCACCGCAGCACCACCAGCCCCCACCAGGAAGCAGCGACCAGGAAGUCCACCCCCCCUGUUUCUCCUCCGGCGGCAACCAAACGCUCCACGUCUCUGCUCACCGGAUGGUUGGCUCGGCUCCGGCUGCUCAGCCACUGAUGACACUGCCGAUCUUCAGCCGGUUUCCUGCAGGUCUUCAGCCGGUUUCCUGCAGGUCUUCAGCCGGUUUCCUGUCCUCCUUCUGGACUUCUGCUCUGAUGAAUCGGAGUGAGGAAUUUGGAACAUUUCAGCAUCUUUCAUCAUUUGGAAGAAGCAGAUCCACGGAUCAGAUCCACGGUUUGUUGGAGGUCAGGGUGGUGGAGGCGUUCCUCAGGGCAUCUUCUUGGAGCUCCUGAUGUUUUAGGUCUAAAAACUGCUUGUGGUUCCGGUUCAGUGUUCCAACCAAAGACCAUCAGGAAGCCAAGACUCUGCAUAUUU